CUCUCUCGAUAAAAUGUGAAAAAUUGAAACGCAUGACGGGUUUUAGAAGGGGUUUUUCAGAAGCUGUCUUAAGGAUCUCUGAGUCUCUCUCUCUCUCUCUCUCUCUCUCCCCUUCGUCUUCAUCCUUUUCUUUCAACAAAACUUCCGAGAGAUCCUUAACCAGAGAUUGCAUCUUCCAACUUCAUUUUGGGGGAAAAGAAGACGACGCGAGAAUUCUGGUUCGCGGGCUUUUAUACCUUUCUCUCUCGUUCGACAAGAAACUCACUUUGGCAGAGGAAGAGGAAACAGUUUCCAGAGGGCAUAGCAGCAUUCCGAUUCUUCAAUCUCGCUCUGUGGAACUUUUUAAAAGCAUUUCAAAAGGAAAUUUUUAAGAGAGAAAACACAAGAAGUUGAGGAUGACUGUGUUAGCUGUUAGGGCAGCUGCAGCCACCACUGCUACUCAGGCCUCUCGCCAAGCUCUCAAGCCAACUAUGCUUCUUGCUCCGGGCAUUGUUACUGUUGCUACUGCUUACAGGUACAAGGAUGUGAUUUUUGAUGGAUGUACCAAGAUUAUAGGGGCAGGUAAGCCCUUGCGAAGUAGCCCAAUUGUUUUGUGCAGACCUAACUUUCCUGCCUUGCCUGGUUUGUCAAUGAGCAUGAGUUCACAAGGCCCUAAUCAGCAGCUGCAUGCCUGCUUUUCUAAAGAAAAAAAGUUCUCCCACCGUUCUGCUGCAUCAACCUCAGUUUUUGGAGGUCAAGAUAGCCACUCUUACGGAAUCCCUAGAUUACCUGCUCAGCGAAGUUCCUCUGACCUCCCUAGAGCAUACAAGAAUGACUUUUUCAGGUUGCCCUUCCCACUAUUAGAUGAGAAACCAGAAUGGUGGUGGAGGACAUUAGCUUGUCUUCCCUAUUUGAUUGCCCUGCAGCUGUCAGAUGCUGGGUAUUUUCUCCAGCCCUUCCUAGAACAUCAUGACUACUUCCAAGAUUUGAUAUAUUUUGUCCCAGGAGCUGUCUCGAGAUUACCACCUUGGUUCACAAUGCUUUAUUACUACAUUGCUUAUAUUGGAAUUGUGAAGAACAAAGAGUGGCCUCACUUUUUUAGGUUCCAUCUUAUGAUGGGCAUGUUGUUGGAAACAGCCACGCAGUUGAUAUGGUAUACGAGCAACUUCUUUCCUCUCAUACACUACAAAGGUACGUAUGGGAUGUAUUAUUGGGCAGGUGUGGGAUUAGCAUACAUUUUGGUUCUGUUGCAGUGUGUACGGUGUGCUCUUGCUGGUGGUUAUGCUCAUAUCCCUGGAAUUAGCGACGCCGCCCUAAUCCAUACUCUGUUUAAUUUAGGAGGCUUCCAGCGGCCAUUCUAGGAAGGGCCUCAGGGUUUGAGUUCACAUACUAGGAUUGCUGGCAUGUGAUAUUGGACAAGGGAAAGAAAUAAUGGAAAAUAAAAUGGAUAGGAUCUAGUGCAGUUUUUUAAUUCUCUAUAUGUUGUAUGCUUAAUAUUGUUUGGAGAAAAUUGAUCAUUUAUGAUUUUUUUGGCAUAAAUUGAGACAUCAGAUUUCUGUUGUGUA